AUGGAACAACGACAACAGUAUAUCCCGCCUCCACCUCCAAUAUCUCAACCCAACCAGUCUCAUAUAAUACCUCUGCCUCCUCCACCUCCGAGGCCAUCCACCCAACAGCAUGGCCUGAUUCCACCACCUCCCCCUGGACCACCUCCUCAAUCUGCUUACCCAGGAUCGAAUCAAUGGCAAGCAUGGCGCACGCAAAACUUUCCUCCUCCGCCUCCACCUCCUCCCGUACUUCAUCCGUCCUUGAUGCCAGCGAAUCAGGGGUAUCUUCGUCAACAACCCACUCCGUUGUCGAUACCGAUACUUGCGCCGCCAGCUGAAGGACAACCACUUACUUCAGCAACUUAUAUUCCGUCGAGUGAGACCUUCGGGCCAGGCGUAGGCAUUCCGCCGCUCUAUGAGAAUUAUGGACACUCGGCGGUCACGGAGAGGCCACGACCAAGCGCCACUACCUGGGAUAGUGCGUCUUCGGAUACUUCUUAUAGAAGAGAUGGGAGCAUUCCUCCUACCCCAUCUCGCAAUUUGCCCCCUUCUCUUGUCCUCGGGGCCUUCAACGACAAUAUGUCGCCGGGACCAGCAACGGCCACAAUGCAAAAUCCUGGUGCUGAACCAGCACGAACAACAAGCCACAAACACAAUGCCAGCGGUACGUCUCUUGGCGGAAUAUCAUUUGGAGAUGCAGCCAUUCAAUGGCCCCUUGAAAGGGUAGUUAGCUGGCUUGCGAGAAAUGGCUUUUCAAAGGACUGGCAAGAGACUUUCAAGUCCCUAGAACUCCAAGGUGCGGAUUUUUUGGAGCUCGGCCAUGGGUCUAAUGGUCGUGGGAACCUUGGUAAAAUGCACCAAGUUGUCUAUCCUCAGUUAGCAAAGGAGUGCCAGAAAAGCGGGACUGGCUGGGACCAAGCCCGAGAGCGUGAUGAAGGCAAACGAAUGCGAAAAUUGAUCCGCCAGAUACAAGAUGAUGGGAGCGAGGCAAAGUUCGCAGAUAAACGAAGGGAAUCACAGACACUGCCUAGUGCUUCAACAGAUGGAGGUGUCGAGAAUUCUCCUAACUUAGGAUGGGAUUCACCAUUUCCACCGUUUGGGCCAGCGGUAGCAGAAAAUACUUACAGCCAGCAUCCCGCUCACCGUCCACCUCCUGCUUCAAUCACCAUAAACCAGCGGUCGGAAUUUUCUAGAAGCGCACUUGCAAAUUUGGACGAAUAUCGAAGACCAAGUCCUUCUUCAACUAGCGACGGUGGCAUGUUUCCACCACCGUCGUUCAAGGCCCACGAAGAUAGUCCCCAAAGUGGAAGUCCGGCAGCACAGCACGCCUUCCCUGUUCAGUCUGGAUUGACCUCAUCCUCAACCGGGGAUCUUACAUCCAAGUUUGAGCACCAUCGGGGAAAUAGCACAGAUUCCCUCUCUGGACGUGGAAACUCAACUAUGCCGCGAUUUUAUGAAAACCGAAAGCAAACACAAGAUAAUUCACGUCUAACGGCCCAAGAUGCCGGCAAAGAUGCCGGGAAAGGCUUCUUCCAAUUUUUCAAGAAGAAAUCGCGCUAUCACGAUUCGAAUCCAUCGCCAGAAGAUCAACUUUUGGAUUCACCCACAAGCCCCUCAUUCACGCGUCAUAAUGGCAUGAAUAGUCCUUUUAACAAGUCGUCUUAUAACAAUAGUGACCUAUCCCUAGCCGAGCGUCCCUUAUCUACUUCAUUUUCUGAUUAUGAAAGAAGUACAGCUCGAUUAAAAUCCACAAAGCAAAGAUACGCUAUGGCCACUCUGGAUGGCUGGAAUUAUCGCCUGAUAGAUAUUACAGAGGCUGAUACAGCUGAGAGUCUGAGAACGGCAAUCUGUCAAAACCUAGGUAUCGUGGAUUGGCAUACCGCCCAAAUCGCAGUGACAGAGCCAGGACAACUAGAGCAUGAAGAUUUUCUGGAUGACUCGAUGCUUGUUCUUAGUCGUCGUGCGAGAGCAGAUCCUUUAGGGUCUCUCAAGUUCUAUGUUCGGGGCAAUGUGUCGCCAAAUUCCACUGGCUUGGGCGUAUCUUUCCCUGAGAAGGCCACAUCAUCUCCUAUUUCAGCCCAUCGUCACUUGCAAAGAAAGUCCCCGGAAGAGGAUGCUAUGCAUCGUGGCGUUCAGCAAACCCAAGGAGCAUCUGGUUCGCCUCUUUUUGCUCACCAAUCUGCUACGGCAACCGGCUCUGACCAGCCGUCACCAUCCUUGCAUGAGAGUAUACGCGCCAACGCUGCCCCUAAUCUCGAUUCAUCAUCACGACAUGAAGAGCGUCUACUCGAUGUUGACCGGAAACAGCGUACCUUCUCCAGGUCGAAGCAGCCCCCGGAUUUACAACUUCAUAAUGCCAAUUACAGUGAGAACGGAUAUCGAAGUAGGGGCGUUAUCGACUUUGACCAACCGCGGGUUUCUCCGUAUGAUGACAAACGAGUCGAGGGGCUUGUGCCUCAGCGGAAGCCGCCAUCUGCCCCUUCUGAAUCGAGUACACUCACCAAGGUCAAUUCUCUCAGCAAGAAAGGCGCUGAUCGUACUCGCGUUUCGUCAAGGAUGCAGCACCAAUCACCCAAAUAUAGAUUAAUCCAAGAGGAAUCGCUGGAAAUAAAUAAUUCCUCAAGCCUUAGGAAUCCCGAUCCAGUGUAUACGGCUUACGGGCAAUCAGCCGACGCCACUUCUUCCUCCACAUCGUCGCAAUCUACUCUCACCGAUAACACUUCGAAUACCGUGCGAAGAAACCCGCCAACAGCCUCCUCAUUCAAACCACCUUCUCUACAAAGUCGAAAGUCAUUUGGUCCAGAAUAUGACUUCGAGGAAGCGAAUGUCACGUUUAAUGCACCUCGAACACCUCAGAUAGAAUCAGAUAAUUCCGAGGACGAUUCUGAUGAUGGUCUGUUUGCAGUACCUCUUUCAACAAAAAAAGAUACCUCAAAAGACAAGGGACCUGCAUCAGAGACCACACCUCCCAAGUCCCAGAAACCUUCUCUUACAGUCAACACCUCGACAAGAUCCACUAAGGGAUUAUCGGUUAGUUUCAGGUCGCCUAAUCCCAGUGAUGAGAUAUCUGCUGGUCCUUCGUACCCUAGCUCAGCGGUUAUGCCAUCGGACAUGCGCUCGACACAGGAUCAAAGCGGCGCAAUAUCCACGAAUGCAUUACCGUCUCCUGAGGAUGAAUCGUAUCGUCGCAGAGACUCUUUUGCGAGAGAUGACAUCUGGGCCAGUCGUCCUCCUGUUGAAGGUGUUAUCAACAAUCUUGACGAUUUCUUCCCCAACAUUGAUCUCGAUGAGCCAUAUCUUGAGGCUCCAGGCACGUCUCCUCCUAGUUCUCCAGUCAACACGGCUCUGAAAGACAAGCCAGGGUCCUCGUUCCAGGGACCACCGAACACUUCUCACCAGGGAUCUGAUCAACAAGGACCUGGCGUUCCUGACGCCAGAUACUCAGUCGCGCAACGUAAUAUCAACAAGGCUGGAGGGUUGAGUCGUAUGAAGUCUAUACGUGAAGUUGCCAAAGGCGCUCAACAAGCUCAACAAGUUAUCAGGAACCGAAGCAUUGCAGGCCCAGCCAAUAAGAAAUCAGGCGACAUACUUCGACGAAAGAGCACCAAAAUGUUUGGCGCGAAAAUUAUGCAAAUUAGUCCACAGCCUGGAAGUCGGUUGAGCCAGUUAAACAGCGUGCCUAAACGGGAGCAGACUUUCCGUAUCAUUCGAGGUCAACUUAUUGGAAAAGGUACAUAUGGUAGAGUGUACCUUGGCAUGAAUGCCGAUACUGGAGAGGUGCUUGCCGUGAAACAAGUUGAGGUCAACCCCAGAGUGGCUGGUCAAGACAAAGAUCGCAUGAAAGAAAUGGUUGCUGCCAUGGACCAAGAAAUUGAUACGAUGCAACAUCUUGAGCAUCCAAAUAUCGUGCAGUACCUUGGCUGUGAGCGCGGUGAAUUGUCCAUCUCAAUCUACCUUGAGUAUAUUUCUGGUGGUUCUAUUGGUAGCUGUUUACGCAAGCAUGGCAAAUUCGAAGAGUCGGUCGUCAAAUCACUGACGCGACAGACGCUGAGCGGUUUAUCUUAUCUACACGACCAGGGUAUCCUCCAUCGUGAUCUCAAGGCAGACAACAUCCUCCUUGAUUUAGAUGGGACAUGCAAGAUUUCGGAUUUCGGUAUCUCGAAGAAGACGGACAAUAUCUACGGCAAUGAUGCGUCUAAUUCAAUGCAAGGGUCUGUGUUCUGGAUGGCCCCGGAAGUUGUGCAGUCUCAAGGGCAGGGUUACAGUGCCAAGGUAGACAUCUGGUCACUCGGCUGUGUAGUUUUGGAGAUGUUCGCUGGACGUCGACCAUGGAGCCGGGAAGAAGCGAUUGGUGCUAUCUUCAAGUUGGGUAGUCUCAGUCAAGCACCACCAAUUCCGGAAGACGUGUCUGUGAAUAUCAGUCCUGCAGCCUUGGCUUUUAUGUAUGACUGCUUUACAAUUGACACAUUCGAUCGUCCAACUGCCGAUACUCUUCUCAAUCAACAUCCUUUCUGUGCGCCGGACCCGAGUUAUAAUUUUGAGGAGACGGAGUUGUAUGCUAAGAUUCGUGAUGUGCUUUAA